UUCAGCGAACAGUUCAAUUCCAUCUGUGAACUUUGCCAACAUGUACUCUGACCUUUGCACUGUCGACCCCGAGACCGGACAGUCCAAGAUGGCCGCACAGUUUGAGGUCCUCCGGGAACUCUCACAACCCGCGAACAAGAUGCAAGUGGAAUCAGCCAGACAUCCGGACAACAUUUCCAAGAACAGAUACUCCAAAUUGUUAGCCCUUGAUAGCUGCAGGCCAUACUUGUCCACGCCAGUGUCCGGAUCUAACGACUACAUCAAUGCUGUAUAUCUUCCGGGAUACAAACAGAAGAGGAGUUUUAUCCUAACUCAGACUCCUCUACCCAACACGGUCGUGGAUUUCUGGCGUCUGGUCUGUGAUCACAAAGUCAGUACCAUUAUCAUGUUGGACCGCGUGAAAACAGGGGAUAAGAAUGUUGGGGUGUAUUGGACAGAUAAGAAGGAAACGUUUAACCCGUUCGAGGUGGAGGUGACAGAUGUUGACCAGAGAGUGGAAUUCUCCACUUGGACUUACGAACUGAGCCACAAAGACAAGAAAGCACCUCAGCCCAUCAGACAAUUCCGCUGCCCAUUUUCACGAGUGAACCAACACUGGAGACUAUACCAACGCUUUUGA